UUUGAUCCGGUACCACACUGUAACCCAGUAGAAUCAGUCUCAUUUGGCUUCUUGAACAAAAUCAUCCUCAUAGGCCAAUGUCACCCUCUUUGACAAGAUCAACACCCUAACAACCAAAUUGCUAACUUUUUCAUUUUUAAGAAUGGAAAACGAACCAAAGUGUUAAGUAUAGAUCAAGCAGUUUCCCCCUACGGCACUCCUCUUCACUCUUCUCUGUUCUUGUCCUCCUGGCGGCAACUCUUACGAUGGGGAGCCAGCAGAACAUCCUUAACCAGCUGGUGUCCUUCAUCCUCGGGGCGUCCGCCGCCGCGGUCUUGCUCUUCUUCCUUACCUCGGCCGGGAGUGGCGCGCGGUCGACGGGGAUAUCGAGCUGGACCAAUGGAACUACGACGUUUCCACCCGCCGAAGAGGCUAGCCCGGCAAGAGAAGCAGCUGCUCACGCCGAAGAAAAGGGGGCUGCGACGCCGGAGCAGGACGAGUUGGAGCAGCUGCUGCGUGCGGUGGCCGACGAGGACCGGACGGUGAUCAUGACGUCGGUGAACGAGGCGUGGGCGGCGCAGGACUCGCUGCUGGACCUCUUCCUCGAGAGCUUCCGUACCGGCGAGCGGAUCGCGCACUUCGCGAACCACCUCCUCAUCGUCGCCGUCGACGCCGGCGCGCUCCAGCGGUGCCGCGCCGUGCACCCGCACUGCUACCUCCUCCCGGCGGCCGCCAGCCGCAACCUCUCCGACGAGAAGGUGUUCAUGAGCAAGGACUACAUCGACCUGGUCUGGAGCAAGGUCCGGCUGCAGCAGAGGAUCCUGGAGCUCGGAUACAACUUCCUCUUCACGGAUGUGGACAUCCUAUGGUUCCGCAACCCGUUCGAGCGGAUGUCGGUGGCGGCGCACAUGGUGACCUCGUCGGACUUCUAUUUCGGCGACCCGUACAGCCCGAUGAACUUCCCGAACACGGGGUUCCUGUACGCCAAGUCGAGCCGGCGCACGGUGGGGGCGUUCGAGGCGUGGCGCGGCGCGCGGGAGUCGUUCCCGGGGAAGCACGAGCAGCAGGUGCUGAACGAGAUCAAGCACGACCUCGUCGCCACGCGCGGCCUGCGCAUCCAGUUCCUGGACACGGAGCACAACGCCGGCUUCUGCAACAACACGCGCGACUUCAACACGCUCUACACCAUGCACGCCAACUGCUGCGUGGGGCUCGGCGCCAAGCUCCACGACCUCGGGAAUCUGCUGCAGGAGUGGCGGGCGUAUAGGCAGAUGGACGACGGCGAGCGGAGCCGAGGGCCGGUGCGCUGGAAGGUGCCCGGCAUAUGCAUCCACUGAGAUCUGUACGCGCGCGCGGUCAGCCACUCGGUACGAGGUGAAUCGUUUAGGCGUUCGUCUCGUCAGCCACUGAUGCGAACGAGACCAACCGGCAGUGCACGUGCGUGUGUUUGCGCAGCGUGGAUUAGGUGUGCGAUUUCUACUGUAAUUUGUACUUCCUGUACAAAACGGGGAAGAAAGUCAAUUGCGUAUGCAGUGCGCUUCUUGUCCAGUGAAAGAGAUGGUGAAAUAUCGUGAGUUGGUUCUUUA